AUGUCCGGAGUCUGGAAGAACAAGGACGGCGUGGGACAAUACACGAAGGUUAUGCACGAGACGAUCGACGUCAAGCGAUUCGACAUCCUCGGUUGGGCCGGCGCGGGCAACGAGGUUUUCGUUAAGAUCUUCGUCGAGGCCACGGUGAAAGCCACCGGGAAGACGUUCAAGACCGACAUGCUGCACAACUGGACGGUGAAUGACGCCGGGCUGUUCUGCCGGUUCGUCGAGUACUGCGACACCGAUGCGGUGGUCAAGGCUCACCAGGCGGGUUAG